AUGGGUCAGCCUCCUAUUCCUCCCACUCCCAGCGAGGCCAAUAUCAGUGGUAAAACCGUCAUCAUCACCGGCGGCAAUGCUGGUCUGGGGUACGACGCUGCCAGACAAUACCUUACAUUGGGCGCCUCUCGCGUGAUUCUAGCGUGUCGCUCUAUUGCUCGAGGACAAGAUGCCGUAGCAUCUCUUCGUGGGGACCCUACCGUCAAAGCGUCCAAUCCCGACGCCUUGAUCGAAGCGUUUGAGCUCGACCUCGACGACUACCAGUCUGGACUUCGAUUUGCUAAGAAGGUGAAGGAUGAGGUCAAGGAACUCGAUAUUCUCUUGAACAAUGGUGGACAGGUAUUUUUAGGGUAUGAGAAAAGCAAGAGUAACCACGAGCGGAACAUGCAAGGUGAGAGAGAAAAAGGGGACAUGGCCCGACAGUUGGACGGAACUGAGAAAAUGCUGAUUUAUUUCCCUACGAUUGAAGUGAACUGCUACACACAUCUUCUAAUUUCUCUUGAGCUGUUCCCGCUCUUGCGAUCUACGGCCGCGGUUAGAGGACUGCCUUCACGCAUCACAUUUACGGGCUCUGCCACCCAGAUUAAGCAGAAUACUCUUUCCAAGAAGCCUAUAGCACCCGACAGCUCGGUCCUCGGCCAUUUUGACGAUGAAGCUAGUUUUAGCAAAUACUUUCGUUACGCCGAUACCAAGACUGUUGUCAAUGCUUAUGCUCGCCGCCUGGCUGCAUUGGCGCCCUCCGAAGUCAUCGUCAACAACCCCUGUCCUGGCCUUGUGCAAACGGGACUGGAUAAGAACCUUCCAUUUUACCUCAGGCUCCCAAUGGGACUCGUACGCAAGUCUAUGGCUCGUACGGUGGACGAGGGAGCGCGAACGCUGAUAUUUGCAAGCGUCGUUGCGGGACCUGAAACCAAUGGCAAAUUUUUGCAGCAUAACAAAGUCGAUCCAGGAGCUGCUUUUCUCAAUACUCCCGAGGGAGAAGAGUUUAUUGGCAAACUAUGGAGGGAGUCGGUGGCAGACAUUGCCGCCCUUGAUCCCGCACUUAGUGUCUAUGCGUAA